AUGACAAGCAAUACGUACAAUGAAAGCAGCAGCAGCAGCAGCAGCAGCAGCAGCAGCAGCAGCAGCAGCAGCAAUAAUGACAACAAAACCCCCGUAUUAGACUUGGGAGAGAUUGGCGUUGGAUUGAUGCAAUGGGGAACCACAAAGAUUGAUGAACGAGUGGUCAAUCCCAAGGGAAAUUUGAGUGACGACACGGUACAAGAACUGUGGAAGACUUGUCGUCAAGACAACAAGGUGGUCUUUUUUGAUACGGCAGAAGGCUAUGGCGGCGGCACUAGUGAACUUCGGGUUCAACAGGUCCGCCAAUGGUAUCAAGACCAAGAAGACCAACAUCCGAACAAUAAUAAGAACAAUACUAGUUCCAUGGAACAAAACAAAAACGAACACGAUCAUGUCGUGAUUGUGGCCACCAAAUACUUGCCCACCUUGUGGCGAUGGACCAAGGGAGCCUUUUAUCGAUCUUUGAAAGGCUCGAUGCAACGACUGGGUGUACGUAAGAUUGACUUGUACUUUAUCCAUACACCCAUCCAUCCAUUACCAUUGGAAUAUCACAUUCAAUGGGCUUGCGAUGCGGUCGACGAUGGAUUGAUUGGCCACAUUGGUAUUUCCAAUUGUCCCGCCGAGUUGUGUUGGAGGGCCCACAAGGUUGCAUGCCGCAACAACAAACGAAUUGCCUGCAAUCAAAUCAUGCUGAAUUUGUUAGUUUGGCAAUCUCCGAAACAUCGAGAGACGGUCCGGGUCUGCCGAGAAUUGGGAAUCCAGGUCGUGGCCUAUUCGCCCAUCGGACAGGGACUCCUAACGGAUGGAUUGACUUUGGACAAAUUCUCCAAGAUUCGAGCCGUCAAAAUGACGGGGGUCCAGUAUCCCGAUUUGAUGCCACUGCGUUUGGAAUUGCAAACCUUGAGUGAAAAGUACAAUGCGACCAUGGCCCAGGUGGCCAUCAAUUGGGUCCGUGGACAUGGGGCGGUACCCUUGGUGGGAUGCCGCGACCUAGCACAAACCAAGGAUGCCCUGGACAGUGCCAAGUUUCGAUUGAAGGAGGAAGAGGUACAAAUGCUGGAUUCUCUGUCGUUGGGGUUGUCCUUGUUUGAACGACCCAGUUGGAGACGAAAUCUCUUUGUCAUUUUCAUUUCCAUCUUGCAAAUGGCGUAUUCGGCGGAACUCAAAUGGACUGAAUUUCGAAACAAGCUUACAGAUGGUGCUGUUACUGCAGUUGGAUAUGAGGAACGAAUUGGUAGUGGUCGAAAGUGGCAUCAGGCAUGA